AGUACUGCUACACGGGAACACAUCUUAACACGCACUGCUUUAGGGCAGAAUGAGAGUUGCAAUAGCCUGGGCCGGAUUCUGCGGCGAACAUGCUGAGAUACUGACUCGGAUUCGAAACUCCGUGGACCCUCCUAGUUUGGCAGCUGGUCAUCAAUAUUCAAUCCCUCGCGCACGCGUAAACAUGCCGCCCUCGCACUCUGCUCCCCAUUCCCACCAUCCUCAUUUUGACUACAUCGACAUCCGACAUUGGCAUCUCCGAGCACUCCCACCACGACACACAUAUCUGACAAAGCUCCGCCCUGCUAGCGACGGUCCGAGCAGUACCACAGCGAUCUCGACCACAUUAAAAACAGCAACGUAGAGGAGAUGGCUGCCUGGGACGAACGGAUCAGGGAGUACCCCCGAUCCGUCGACGACUAUCUGUCUAGCAUGGUGCCAUCGCAUACGACUGUCCCCAGAUGUCCACCGACCGGUGGACUGUUCAAGGUGGUCCCGAUCGACAACGCCGAAGUGAAGAUGCAUGACCCACUGGUGAAGGCACUGAUUCUACAACUACGGCAUAACAUCAUGAAAUUCCCGUUUGGGACAUACGAGUCCGAGCAACAUCCAACCAAGCCGGACGUAAUCGCGACGAUGCCAGCGCUAUCCGUUGUAGAACCAGCUUACCAGUGGAGAGACGUCACAUUGGUGUUCGUACUCCAUUCAGAGUUACCCGAUGACCCGGUGAAGAAUCGCGCGACCACGCAUGAGGCGACACUGGCGCAGCUUGCGCAGAGCGCGCGGAACAUCAUGCUCUCGCAGGGGAGGCUAUUCGCGUUUGUCGUUGGCAUAUACGGGGACCAGGCUCGAAUCUUCCGCUUCGACCGCGUGGGAGCGAUAUGUUCGCCUCGAUUCGAAUACAAGAAGCGUCCAGAGAUAUUCCACGAGUUCUUGUGGCGACUGCUCCAUCCCAGGCUAUCCGGGUGCACAGUCGUUGGAGAGGACCCUACGAUGAAGCCAGGUACCAGGGCGGAUCUAGAUCUGGUGCACUCGCUGGAGAAGAACCGCGAUCCCGACUGGGUCAGCACGGACGAGACACCGAAGGCGGUGCGGCGAAUCACAGUGACGGACAAGCAGAAGCACGAGACGACGUAUCUGACGUACAAGCUGCUCUUCGUAAACCCGGAGUUGUUCUCACGAGCGACGCUCGUAUGGGAGGCGUACAAAGUCGGCGAAGAAAGGAGAACAAGGGUAGGAGGAAGAGCGGAAACGAGAGGCAAAUGCGCGGCGCCUGAGAUCGCAGAGCCGUGCACCUCCGGGCAUGAAUUAGUCGGUUACCGGACCAUUGCAGGGGCGCACAACGCACCGGAGAUGGGGCGGCUGAACGAACGGAGCCAUACACGGCUCGUCUUGGAGACGGUCGGUACGCCGCUCGCGAUUCAAGCGUACGAAGCAGCUGGCCAUGGCGCUGCGAGACGCCAUAGAGGGACAUCGGCGGGCGUACGAGGCGGGGUCAUCCACCGCGAUAUCAGUGAAGGGAAUGUGAUGAUCGCUCCAGAGGGUGCCGCCUUCUCAGGCUUCAUCCAGGACCUCGACUACAGUUUCAACUGGAAGUGGUUCCUAUAUAGGCGCAAAAUGCAAGUGGAUCUCGCCAAGUGGGAGGAGUACUGUGUUCAACACGGUUACGAGCCGCGCAGCAAGGAGGAUCCAGACAACGACUCCAAGGAGCGCACAGGCACGGUCUACUUUAUGGCCAUUGAGAUCUUGCGGAGCGAGAUUACCCACGAAGCGCGCCAUGACUUAGAACACCAAACAAUCUUGGCUAUCGAGGGAGUGCCUCCUUUAAAAGUACCUGGGAACGAACCAUUGACGUCGUUACUCGAAAACCUUCGUGUUGCGUUUACCGGCAACUUUCGCCUGCGCCGCGUAGGCGUAGAGCACAGAACGCAUCGCGAAAUACUCGAUAUCUUCGAUAAGGUGCUAGCUUCAAACGUGGUCUGGCCGGAGAACGACGCUGCCCUGGAGUGGAAACUUCCACAGACUGCGACAUUACCGCCAGAGAUGGCGAAGUCUGUGUGCCAGUCAGUGCAGCCGGGCUCUCUGGAUCCAAGGACGGGUGCCAACAGAGAAUUCCCCUGCCCGCCCGUCACCCCGCUCCAAGGUGCAUCCGAUCGUCCACAGCGAGAUGACGAUCAACAAGGCGCAAUUGCAGGUGUCUCACGCGGGGAUGGCGCUGGUGGGCAGGUCCAACAAGGGCAGGCGAAAAGGACACAUAGAUGGCUUCCGUUCAGCCGGCGUGCAACCCAAGCCAGUACCUCACAACGCGCGCACGGAAGGAGACUCGAGCACAGGUCGGCAGAGGGCAAGAGCGUCGUCGUGCCGAAUCGCCGCCAGCGGCGAAGCGUCCAGCAACCGCAAGAGAGCAGCUCCGAUCGCAACGCCGAACGUGGCUGGCCAGCCAUGUUAACGAACGGUGCACUGUCAGACGACGUCGAAGCAGCGGACACCGGCUUGAGCGUCAGCAAUGUGGGAAGCGCAGCUCCGAGAGAGAGCCUGAUAGAUCCAGAGACCUAG